AUGGCUCCAGAAACACCCAAAGGCGUCUCGUCAAGACUCCUGACGAUGAAGUUUAUGCAGCGUGCAGCCGCAUCUGCUUCGUCUAACGGAUCUCCGGGCUCAGAUGUUCCUUCGUCCAAGAAGCGAAAAUUAGAUUAUUCUCCAGCACCUGGCCGCAUUAAUCCUAACAUUGACCAUGCUUUGAUACAAGCAGCUCUCAAUGAUCAAGAAGCCACACGUCAAGCAGCGCUAGCAAAGCAUUCUGCUGCUGACACUCAUUGGGUUUUGAAAACUAAUAUUGACAAGUCCCAAGACAAGAAGCAGUCGCAUCCUCUGAAUAUUGUUUACGUAGGAUAUGGCGACAUCGACGCGUCCAAGGAUUCUGAUGAAAAUGAGGACAAUCCUGCAGAGGGAAGAACAUAUCACAAACCUCUGAAAACAGAACAGGUGCGUUGA